UCUCCUUAUCCAUUUUCUACCAUUUCCUUCUCCCAUUUUUUUCAAAGGCCACAAAAAUUUGGCCUAUUUACAUUCUUGAUGCACAAGACUGGACUUUGAUUUCUGGGUAUUCUUUUUCAUCCGGAGGAGUUUGAUGAAAUUGAGUUUAAUUCUUGAAUUGAAGGCUGAUUAUUAUUGGGUAUUGUUGUAGUCAUUAUUAGAAAUUUGGGGUUACAGAAAGACAUGGAUGGGGAUGAGAAUUGCCAUGUUCAAGAUUCUUCAGAUUCAUGUGAUGUAUUAUGCAGUGAUGAUCUUUUUUCCUCUGGUUCUGAUUUGUUUGGGGAAGAAGAAGAUGAAGAAGAUGAAGAAAAUUCAUCCCCACCCUUGCCAGACAUGUCAAACCUUCUUCAAGAACUCCCUUUCAAAAAAGGGUUGUCAAAGCAUUACAAUGGGAAAUCACAGUCAUUUUCAUCACUGUCAAAUGUGAGGAGUUUAGAGGAUCUUGCAAAACCAGAGAACCCAUUGAACAAGAAGCUCAAAUCUUGCAGGAGCUAUGGAGGCCUGUUUCUUGAAGCCUCUAAGAGAAGCCAUAGCUCUUCUUCUUCAUCUUCUUCAAAGCUUGGAAUCAUGAAGAAAUCUUCUGCUUCUAGUAGAAAUGGAGGGUUCUGUUCAUCUCUUGGAUCAAGAAAAAAUGGAAGCUUUUUUAUUGGGAAUAAUAAGCCUUCUCAUCCUCCUCCCCCUCAUAGAUCUGCCAGCUCUACCAACUUUGCUAAUCAAACCCCUCUCUUGGCUUGAAGAAAUUUAUUUAAAAAAAUAAAAGUAAAUUGCACAAAAAUGAUAUUUUAUAUUUGGAAAUAUUUUACAUUUAGUUCACUUUUUUUUAUGAAAUUUCAUUGGAGGUCCAUUUUAGCAGUGAGUAUUGUCAGUUUUAGUCUUUUUUUUAAUCAAAAGUACUCAAAAUGAUACAUUCACAAAGGACUAAAGUAGGAAAAUAUUUGCAAAUAAUGUGGACCUCUAAUGAAAUUUCAUAAAGUAAUGGAUUAAAUGUAAAGUAUCUUUAAAUGUUGAGUAUUAUUUGUGGAAUUUACUUCAAAAAAGUCCUAAUUAUAAGUUGGAUUAAUGUAAUGUAGCAAUGAUGAGUAGGAAAGAUUUCCAAUUUUCCAUUGCUAUUGUGUUUGGAAUCCUAUUUUCAAAAUUGUUGAUUCUUAAUGACAUGUGGAUAUUCUUCCAAUGGGGGGAAGAUUGUUGACCUUUCUCUAAUAUGUUAAUUAUAUAUUGCUCUUUGAAACAUUUUUUUUAGUUUUGAAAAUUAUUUAUGAAUUAUUGAGUAGAAGAGUAAAAGAUGGAGGAAGAAGGAGAAGAAGAAACUAGUCUUAGAAGCUUUCUUCGAUGGGCAGCGGAGCAGGGGAUCACAGACUACCACUCAUCUUCCACCCAAUCGCGCUCCUGUCUGGGCCACUCCUUGUUCGUCUCCCAUUUUCCCCAAGCUGGAGGGAGGGGUUUGGCGGCGGCUCGUGAUCUUCGCAAAGGGGAGUCGAUUCUCAGAGUUCCAAAAUCUGCUUUGAUCACGGCGGAGAGUCUGGGGAAGGAAGACGAAUCUCUCUCUAGGGCGCUGCGGAAUCACACGUCUCUCUCAUCUACUCAGAUAUUGGCACUUGCUUUGCUGAAUGAAGUAAACAAGGGAAAGAGUUCUUGCUGGCACACUUAUUUGAAGCAGUUGCCACAAAGUUAUGACACCCUUGCUUAUUUUGGUCAUUUUGAGAUCCAGGCAUUGCAGGUGGAAGAUGCUAUCUGGUCUGCAGAAAAGGCUGUGCAGAAGGCCAAGGUGGAGCUGAAAGAAGUUAGUGCUUUAAUGUGUGAAAUCAAACUUAAGCCUCAUCUAAUGACACUUAAGGCAUGGCUUUGGGCUUCUGCAACUAUAUCAUCUCGUACGAUGCACAUACCAUGGGAUACCGCUGGCUGUUUAUGCCCCGUUGGAGAUUUCUUCAAUUAUGAUGCACCCGGAGGAGUGGAAAACUCCGAAGAUCUCUUUAACGGCCCAGAUGAUCUUUGUGGCAGUACUGUGGCACGGCUAAUUGAUGCCGGAUAUGAAGAGGAUCACAAUGCUUAUUGCUUCUAUGCUAGAAGAAACUACAGAAAAGGAGAACAGGUUCUUCUAAGCUACGGAACCUACACGAACUUGGAGCUUCUAGAACAUUAUGGCUUUCUGCUGAUAGACAAUCCAAACGACAAAGCAUUCAUUCCAUUGGAACCAAACAUGUAUCGACUGUGUUCGUGGUCUGGCGAUUUGAUCCACAUUCACAAAGGCGGGAACCCAUCAUUCGCCUUACUCUCCACUCUGCGGCUAUGGUGGGCCCCACAAAACGCACGGAAGUCGGUCGGGCAAAAUGUCUAUUCGGGAAAACAACUCUCUCCCGCGAAUGAAGUCUCUGUAAUGGAGUGGAUCUCAGACAAGUGUCGAGCAUUGUUGGAAAAACUCCCCACGUCGAUCGAGAGCGACAAGAACUUGCUCGACUUCCUAGAGAAGGUUCUAGAAGACCAUGAAAUGGAGGUUAGGGAAAUGCCUCAAGAGUUGUUGGGUUUCUAUGAGAGCAAGAAGUUGAGUGGAGAAGAAGAAGCUUGUGUGAUUACUAGGAAAAGGUCUUUUGAUAGAUGGAAGUUAGCUAUUAAGUGGAGAUUGAAUUUCAAGGCUAUAUUAUGUGACUGUAUUUCAUAUUGUACAUAUAAUAUAGAUGAAAUUCUUUGUCAAAAUUAUUCAAGGGAAUGAACUUUGCAAGAACGUGUUCAGCCGGGCGUAGACCAUUACAGCAUGAAAAUGCUUUCUUUGUGAAUAUUUGUGAAUGAACGACUAGGUGAAUG